AAUCCAUGUGUCAUGGCCGCCGAUGAUUUGGAGUGAUGGAUUUACCGAAUGUCUUGCAUGUUUUGGUCGCUUUUCUACUGUGUUUAUUACAGAUCGCAAAUGGAAAAUUUAUCAAAGGGACGCUACAGACAACAGAGAAUUGGGUGUUCUUGACACGGUUUUGCUUUCUCUCUGAGGUGGGAGAAAUCAGCUUCAAGUUAGACUAUCCAGAAAAAUAUGCCGUGCAAAGCAUUUUACUUUAUUACGAUGAAGAGGCACAGUGGGCUGCCGUGUAUAAAAAUAAAAGCAAGAGUUGCACUGAAAAAGAACAGGUUCUGGUGAGGGAGAACCAGCAGGUCAUCCCGUUGUAUGGUCAGGGUUACGGAGGCUAUGAAUGGAGCCUCAUCAACAUGGGCUGUGAUAUCAAAAGGGCAGGCAACCAGGUCGGCAACGAGUCCCGCAGAAAAACUUCCUUGCACUGCAAUGUCGACACAAACUUCCGGACGUCCCGUGAACGAUGGUGGUUUGUUGCCAUCAGCAACUGUCAAUCAAAAGUGGGUCUUUACUUGAAUUAUGAGAUUACUAUGACCAACAGUCAGAACAAAAACUUAUUUUUCUACCACUUCUCUGCUGAUGAAUUCUAUAUACUGCAGGUUGAUAUUGCAUUCUUGUUGGCCGAGUUGCUUGUGUUUGCACUGAGCUGUUAUAUGGCAAAUAUCCUUGUGAAACGUCAGCUAUUCCAUACAACAUACAAGAUGUACAUGGCAGCGCUCGGGUUCGAGGUACUCCAUCUAUUGGUGAUGGUGUGUGCGUACGGGGCGUACGGAAAUGACGGAAUAGAGAGGAGAGGCGUGCUCUAUUUUGGCCGAAUCUUUGAAUCCAUCAGCAUCCUGAUCUUCCUGCUAAUGUUGAUAUUAAUGGCGAAAGGAUACACAAUCACCAGGGGUCGCCUGAGUCAGUCCGGGGCCAUCAAGAUCGCUGUGUUCAUGACCGCCUUUGUGAUAGUAUACGCCAUCUUGUUUAUAUAUGAGGCAUUCUUCUUCGAUCCAGGUUUCGUGUUGUACACGUACGAGAGCGUCCCUGGGUACGGGUUGAUAGGUCUACGGCUCGUUGGCUGGAUUUGGUUCUGCUAUGCUAUCUUCUUCACGCUGAAACACUACCCAGAGAAGGGACCAUUCUAUUAUCCAUUCUUUGUCUUUUAUACUCUUUGGUGGUUCACUUGGCCGAUUGUUGCCUUGGUUGCCAUGAGAACUCUUGAGGCUCAUUAUCGUCAAAAAGUGGUUAACGCCAUCACUGGUCUAACCGCGUUAUGCGGCCACGUAUUCCUUUUGAUUUUAACUAGACCAGCAGCUGCAAAUACAAACUUUCCAUAUCAUGUUCGAACGUCACAGAUUGGCGUCCUGGACGCUCCUCCCACGCAAAAUGGCACAGGGCUGUCAGCACUACCGUACUCGGGGGAGAGCAGCGGGCCAAACUUCACCGAUCUGUUUGUGGUGACCGGCGAGAAGAGGCCAGAGCCUGUGAAUUUAGAAAGAAGUGGACAACCCUCUGGUUAUGGGUAUUCCAACCGCCACCAGGAUUUUAGCGCCAGUGUCGGUUCCGGUGGUCUUGAGGUGGACAUGGGAGGUUACGACCCCUCGAUGGCCUAUAGAAAUUUAUUGGAUUAUGAGGAAACCGAGGCUUAAGCCAGUGGACGUGGACUCAUUCCCUCAUCACAAGCCAGGUGAACACACUCUUGACCACUUCAUCACUGUUCCGUCUAUGGAAAACUCCUCUUAACUCGAACAAUAUAUCCCAGACUUUCGUAUUAUAUGUGUUAUCGUUGAACCUCUCGGUCGAUUAGAAAUCUUAGGUGGUGUUGGUUUGGCAUACAUUUUGGCUAGUCUGAAGGCCGACUGAUGUAUUGCGUAAAUUACGAAUCUGAGUAGAUGUGAGUUCAUUGAUAAUGUACAAAUUAACAAUGCCUUUGACUUCACCGAAGUGCCACUCACAUGAACAUGUCCCCGCCAAAUUUUAUACCAAACCAUUCUAAUGUUUCUGAUUGGCCGUCGAGUUUUGCAACUACAAAAAGAAACUGCUGUGUAUUUCUGUACAUUCAGGUAUAUUUGUUUUUUACGUGAAAAUAUUUCCCUUCGAGAAUGGGAAGUUAUUUUUGAUGGCGACUUUUAUGCAAGAAAAGUGUGUUAGUUAGGCAUUGAUUUGGAUGUUUAUGAUACAAGGGGCUUUUCCAACUGUAAAGUCUUUGCAAGACAGAUAGCCAGUUUAAAUGUCCUCACGAUGUUAAAGCAACACGUUUCUUAUUUGAAUUCGUCCGUCGCUGAGACCAUUGCUCACCUGCCCAAGGAAAACAUUUCUAAUGUGAUUUAUCAAUUCAUAUAGGACCAUCAGUAUUUUUUCAAAAAUUCUUCGUUGCGGAAGGAGUUGGUACGCUGUUAUUGUGUUCGUUUGGGGGAAUGAAGGUACAAGCUGCUUAUAGGUGGCGUAGUAGGGCUUACAUAUAAAAAGGAAUUUACAAUUUGUAUAAAUUUGAUUUUGUUUAUUUGUGACUCGCUCUACCAAAACUAGGCGCUUGUCGCAUCUGAACUCGACAGGUUGAUACGGACUUGUUGUUCAUUUCCCUAUUGUAGACCUUUUGUGAAAUCUAUUACAAACUGAUUUGGUCACAUUUCACAAAAGGUCUACAAUAGGGAAAUGAACAACAAGUCCGUAUCAACCUGUCAAGUUCAGAUGCGACAAGCGCCUAGUUUUGGUAGAGCGGGUCACAUUUGCAAAUGAUGUUGUUCACCCAGCUUCAAGGUCUCUGUCAGACAGGACUUCUCUAAGCCAGUAACUUCUCUCUGUGGCUGAAAUUAAAAGUGGGAAAUGAUGAAGUAUUGUACACUUUCAACCAUAAGUAGUUUACAGCAACAAAGAUUGCUUGUGUGCAGGUGCUGUUCUGACAUGAUCGAUGUGACUGUCACUCGUAAAGCUGGUUGUGUAAGAUCAUUAUAUUUUUGUUUGGUUUUCAUGGCAACUGAGAUUGUUGUCAUUGUCAUGAAUAUUCUGUUUGAUCUAUAAUUUCAUACUUGGAACAAAGUGGAAUUAUGGUCUGAGGGAUAUAUCUUCAGUUGUGAUGGCAGCCACAUGAUUUUAGAUAUUUCGUUAUGACAUUUUGUGAUAUUAGUAUAAAUAGUAGUGCAAUGAACUAAAGAUGCCAUUUUACUGUAAAAUAUAUGAAUCAAAAGUUGUUUUGAAAGGUUCACAGGUUUUCUUGCUAUAGUGUACACUCUUUCCUGCUUAUCUGAAGGGAAAUUGGGAGGUAGGGCAUAUCAUCUCUCUGUGGGGAUAUUUCAAUUCAG